AAUAUUUGAGAUUGAUGAUAUGAAAUUAAAACAUCUCAACAAACAAUAUUAUUUGAUAGUUAAUGAUCCAAUUACUUGUUCUUUUUCUGGUUCUCUCUCUGCCCAUGUUGUUGAUUGGCUUAAAAAGAAUGUUAAUAAUGCAGAAUACUCUUUAUUUGAAUGUGAUGAAGAAUUUUGGCUUAAGAAAUUUAUAGAUACUUUCAAACAUAUACAAAAAAAUGUUGUAGGUAUUAAUAUUGAAAACAUAACAGAAACUGAAUGA